UACCAAAAACGUCAAUGUCAAUACAUAACAACCGAAGGACUAAAAGUGACAAAAACUCAAAUUAAGUUUACCAAACACACUUUCUAAGGAAGCAUUAGAUUGUGUUUUCAAAUGAAAAAAAAAGGCGUGCGAAGGUCGAAUACAAGAGUGAACUAACUGGCUAGUUUCCUUGUCAGUCUUCUUCAUCAACAUCCACUGUCGAUGUCCUGAAACAGAAUCAGAUUCCGAUCCGCCCAUCUUCUAUGGUGUCAAUUUACAUUUAAUUGUUAUCGAAAGAAUUAGAAUCCGGUAAACACGACUGAAGAUAGAACCCCAAAUUAUUCUGCUAAAGCUAUCACUUUUUUUCAAUGAAUUCCUCUUCCAAUCUGCAUUUUCUUGUCGAUAUUCAUGCCAGCGCCAGACACAUCGGCGGCCCGUGCCAUUUGGAUACCAGGUGAUGGAAGAUGUUUGUUCCGUUCCGUGGUUCAUGGGGCUUGUCUAAGAGAAGGAAACCCAUCUCCAGGUGAAAGCUAUGGAAGACAACUUGCUGAUGAGCUCAGAGGAAAAGUUGCAGAAGAGUUUAUCAAGAGGCGAGCAGAUUCUGAAUGGUUCGUGGAAGGAGAUUUUGAUACAUACGUGAGGCAGAUAAGACAGCCCCACAUAUGGGGAGGUGAACCUGAACUCCUCAUGUCCUCCCAUGUUCUACA